GGCCUGAAGCGAGGAGGUGUGUCACACCGGGUGAAGUGGGCAGGAGAUUAUCUUCAGUUCAGCCUGAUAAAAAAGGGAAACACAGAAGAGAAAAGCAUCAGAGGGCGAGCUGGAAGCAGACGAGGCUUUUGUCAGAUGCUGGCGUCAUCAGUGGAGGAGCCAUGAGUUUCCAGCAUGAAGAGCAGGAGUUUGAUUUCAGCUACAUGUUCGAGUACAGACAAGGUGCCCAACGUGAGGCUGAGAGAGAUGCAUACAGCUAUGCACCAAAUGUUACCCUGUCCGUUCCACUGGGCAUGGGAAACCCCUGUUUGGCCACUCAGUACCACACCUUACAGUCCAGCCCAGUCAUCUCAGUGUCAUCUUGCCACCAAACAGGAUAUGACAACCACCCCGCUUCGGGCUAUUACCUGCCCCACAGCAUGAGACCCAACGGGGCUCCAUCCCUGGAAAGCCCUCGUAUUGAGAUCACUGCCUACAGUCAGUAUCCCGAAGAUGAGGUCGAGGAGGGUUGCAGUGAUGACCACAUCAUCAAGAGAGGGGUUAAUUCCAUCGUGACGCUGACGCUGCCCAAUGCAGACGGCUACCGCGAUCCCACCUGCCUCAGCCCAGCGAGUAGCAUUUCCUCACGAAGCUGUAACUCUGAGGCAUCAUCCUACGAGUCUGGUUUCUAUAACUACGACAACUCUCCGCAGAACUCCCCCUGGCAGUCACCUUGUGUUUCUCCCAAAGGCACACCCUCACUCCUGUCCUGCCCACUUGCCACUGGCCCUUCAGCUUCCCCUCAUGAUUCACCAUCGACCUCACCUCAGAUCGGAGCCAUGGCUGAGGAAGGCUGGCCUGCUCAACCUCGUGGUUCCAGACCUGACUCCCCAUCAUACAGUGGAGGCAGUGCUGGCACUAGUGGGAAGAGGAAGUACAGUUUCAAUGGUCCUCCUUUUUGUCAAACAUCAUGCUCACCUAAGCAGUCUCCUGCCCCCUCCCCUAAUGGAUCGCCGAGGGUAAGCAUCACAGAUGAAAACUGGCUUGCCAACACCAACCAGUACACCAACUCUGCCAUUGUGGCUGCCAUCAACGCUCUAACCACAGAUGGUGUGGUAGACAUGGGGGAAGCGAUCCCAGUGAAGACACGCAAGACCAUGCUGGACCACGCAGCCUCCAUGAGCUUGAAGGUGGAGCCAGGUGGGGAGGAUCUGGGCCAAGAAGGGGAGCUCUGCCAUGAAGAGUAUACCACCCGUCUGCCCCUCAAGAAGGAGUCGUACUGCGGCGGAUAUCUUGAUGUGCCCCAGCAUCCCUACUACUGGUCUAAACCCAAGCCUUACCUCAGCCCGUCUCUGCCGGCUCUCGACUGGCAGCUUCCGUCCUGCUCCAACCCCUACAGCCUCCAGAUUGAGGUCCAGCCAAAGUCCCACCACAGGGCUCACUAUGAGACGGAGGGCAGUCGAGGGGCCGUGAAGGCUUUGUCUGGAGGCCACCCCGUAGUCCAACUUUAUGGCUACGUGGAAAGCGAGCCACUCACCCUGCAGCUGUUCAUCGGGACCGCAGACGGCCUCCUGCGACCACAUGCCUUCUACCAGGUUCACCGCAUCACUGGCAAAACCGUCUCCACUGCCAGCCAUGAAGUCAUGCAAUCUAACACCAAAAUCCUGGAGAUCCCUUUGCUGCCUGAAAACAACAUGAGAGCCAUGUAA